AUGACGAUUUUCAAAUCACGUGGGUUGUGGAAUUUGGUAGAGAAGGGAGUUAAAACUUCCGAUUCGGAGAAGAAGAAGGAUGAAGGAUCAUCGGAGGAUGAUGUAGAUGGAAAAAUGGCUAUUGUGCUGAUGCAAGAUGCAAAGGCUUUGGAAUCAUUCAUAAUGCAGUCUCGGAUUAAAUCUUCCCUCGAAUCGCCAAUGCUGAAUCAGCGAAGGUGGCAUGGGAUUUGUCGUACGAAGAAUAUCACGGUGGUGAGCAGAUACAAAGGCAAGCCAAAGUGCUACAAUUGUGAUAGAUUUGGUCACUUGGCUAAAGAAUGUACUGCAGCUAAAACAGUGCAAAAGGCAAACAGUGCUAACCAAUUGGAGAUGACAGGGAAUCUAUUUUAUGCAAAUAGCACAGUCACAGGACCAAGGGUGAAUGGAGAGUGGUACAUCGAUAGUGGUUGUAGCAACCACAUGAUAAGGAAUGUAGAAUUGCUUGUUGAUGUAAGAAUCAACAUAGCUGACAAAGUUGAAAUGCCGACUGGAGAUCUUGUGAAUGUAGCCGGAAUGGGCUCAUUGGUGAUUGAUACAAAUAAGGGCAGAAAGUAUGUUAGAGAAGUAAUGUAUCUGCCUGGUUUAAAAGAAAAUUUGCUAAGUGUAGGUCAAAUGGAUGAGCAUGGAUAUUUCUUGGUGUUUGGUGGUGGAAUGUGCAGUGUGUAUGAUGGUCCAUCACUGGAAAGCUUGGUUAUGAAAGUGAAGAAGAAAGUGAAUAGGUGCUAUCCAUUGGCUUUAUUAUCCGAGAACCAAGUGGUCUUAAAAGCUAGUGUUACUCACUCUACUGAGACUUGGCACAAGAGACUUGGGCACUUACAUUUUGGUGGUCUCAAACAAUUGAGAGACAAGGAAAUGGUGCAAGGUUGCCUCAGCUUGGAAGUAAUUAUAUAUGAUGGUCCAUCACUGGAAAGCUUAGUUAUGAAAGUGAAGAAGAAAGUGAAUAGGUGCUAUCCAUUGGCUUUAUUAUCCGAGAACCAAGUGGUCUUAAAAGCUAGUGUUACUCACUCUACUGAGACUUGGCACAAGAGACUUGGGCACUUACAUUUUGGUGGUCUCAAACAAUUGAGAGACAAGGAAAUGGUGCAAGGUUGCCUCAGCUUGAAGACUACAAUGGAGUCUGCCAAGGCUGCCAAUUUGGAAAACAACACAGAGAAGAAUUUCCAAGAAAUCAAGCACAAAGAGCAACUACUCUACUUGAACUGGCUCACAAAAUUCAAAGCUAUGACAGAGCUACAAAGUGGAUUCAAGAUUAAGUGCCUGCGAAGUGAUAGAGGAGGGAAGUUCAAGUUAUCUGAAUUUGUUCUAUUAUUUGAACACAGACACAAUCUUGAGCCUAAAAGCUUCAAAGGAGUAUUUGUAGGAUAUGCAACUUGUGAAAAGGGGUAUAGGGUAUUUGAUCCACUAUCCACGAAACUAUUCUUGUCAAGAGACAUUGUAUUUGAUGAAGAAGCUGCCUGGAAUUGGGAAGAGAACUCAGAGUCAAUAUCCCCCAAUGCUGGAAGUUUUAUUCAUGGUGACAUAAGUACAGGAAGUAGUGAUAGAAUGGUGUUGUCUCCUACAUCAUCUACAUUAUCUCCACCUAGGAGAGUUCUUAGUAUUGAAGACUUUGAAGUUCAAUCCAAGUCACCUAUCUCAAGUGAAUCUGCAAGCAUGUCAAACUUAAGUGAAAGGCACAAUUAA